GGGAGAACGGGCAUUUGAGAGCGAGAGCGAGCGAGCGAGAGUGCGUGAUCGGCUCGAUCGAGCAGAUUGUGGCACGUUUAUCGGCCGUUCCCCACGGCUCGGCGCUGGAAGGGUUGCAGCAUCAGCACGUCCACGGCCAUUGCGUGGAGACGUGAACUGCCCCUGGGUUGGGUCUGUUCCUGACUUGCUGCUUGCAGCCGUCGUUUGCCGCCAACGCGCGGCGCUGCAACUGGGUUUGCAGGGUGGCCUUGAGCCAUCUCGUCAUCGAGGCAGCCGCGAGAGAAAGCAGGGACAAGCUUCGCUUUGCCCAAUCCUUCGCACGCGUGUCACCUGCCCGCCACGCGCUCCACUUUGACAUCAACUUGAUCGACAUCAUGCCCCGCUACUAUUGUGAUUACUGUGAUGCCUAUCUCACACACGAUUCACCCUCUGUCCGCAAGACACACAAUGGUGGUCGCAAGCACAAAGAGGCUGUGCGCGACUUUUAUGCCAAAUGGGCUGAGGAAACGCUAGGCUUGCGACCAGGCCCCGUGGGCCCCUUUGGCAUGGGUCCACCAUCUCGGGGCAACUUUCGAGGUCCCUCACCCGGCGGCCCUGGGGGUUUUGGCAGACGAGGCCCGCCUCCUAUGGGUCGGAGACCAAUGGGCGGCUAUCCUGGUGGUCCUGGCGGUCCUGGCGGUCCUGGCGGCCCUGGUGGCCCUGGUGGUCCUCGAAUGGGUAUGCCUCCCCCGCAUAUGCGCGGUCCACCGGGCCAUUUCGGCCCUCCCGAAGGCGACUUUGAUCGCCGCGGUCCUCCGCCCGGUUUUCGCAAUGGUCCUCCAGGCGGCUUUCGCGAUGGGCCCCCAGGCGGCUUUCGCGAUGGUCCUCCCGGUGGCUUUCGCGAUGGGCCCCCAGGCGGCUUUCGCGAUGGACCCCCAGGCGGAUUUCGUCCCCCGUCAGGACCUCCCGGUGGACCCCCGACCGGGCCUCCCGGUGGUUUUGGUGGACCACCUCCACCCCACAAUGGCACAACACUGCGUGAGCUCAGUGCCAAGGCACUUGGGCAGCUGGUACACGAUGCCUGCAACAGUAUUAUUGAUAUGCGCGAACCUACUUGGGGCUCCAUUGAUCAUUCCUGGACGAUUGCACAGUGGAACAGAGCCAACUCAUGGCUGAAAUCAGCCAUCCGCCAAGCGCUCUCUGCCAGCUCCACGGAUGUGGUGCUGCUACCGGCUUUUGAAGGCUUCGACUCAGAGCAGCUGGCUGCAAUUGAAGCGGCACUGAAAGCACGCCAAAACAGCUUGCGCCGAGCCCUUAAGCAAAUGAUUCUCAAUGAUCAAAACCGAUUGAUUGAUUUUGAUUGGCAAGCCAAGGUUGCGCUGGCCUCAAACACCCUGGCCGAGUUGAAUGAGCCUUUGACACACCUCACGCUUCAGACCGAAAACUCGGAUGGCACCGUCACUGAUGUGCGCGUCGAACUGGAGCUUCAAGAACUUAGUGGCCUGAUCAAGGAGCUUGAGCGAGCUCAUGAUGGAAGCCUACUCGGACUUUGCUUGCAUGUGGCGUUGAAGCGCUGA